AUGGACAGUACCAACAACAUCACUGAAUUUAUACUGUUAGGACUUUCCCAGAACAAAAAAAUUAAAACUCUAUGUUUUCUGUUGUUCUUGUUUUGCUACAUAGCUAUUUUGUUGGGAAACAUAGUCAUUAUGAUCUCUAUCACAUGUAGCCAGAUAAUUGAACAACCAAUGUACUUCUUUCUUAAUUACCUUGCUUUGUCAGACCUGUGCUAUACUUCCACAGUGACUCCCAAGUUUCUUACUGACCUUCUCAUAGAAAGGAACGUGAUUUCGUAUACCAGUUGCAUGACUCAGCUUUUUACCAUGCACUUCUUUGGGGGGACUGAGGUCCUCAUACUCACAGUGAUGGCCUAUGACCGUUUUGUGGCCAUCUGCAAGCCCCUGCACUAUACCAUAAUCGUGAAUAGAAGGAGGUGUCAUGCCCUGGUCAUUGCUUGUUGUGCUGGUGCUUUUAUACAUUCCUUCUUCCAGAGCCUCCUUGCUAACAGCCUCCCCUUUUGUGGUCCCAAUGAGAUGGAUCACUAUUUCUGUGAUGUUUAUCCUUUGCUGACACUUGCCUGCACCAACAAAUACAGAAUUGGGCUUCUGGUGGUUGCCAAUUCAGGCAUGAUGGGACUGGUAACCUUCGUGGUCGUGAUGUGGUCUUAUUCUUUCAUAUUGUACACUAUUAGGGCUUACCCUGCAGAAAGCAAGAGCAAAGCUCUUUCCACAUGCAGUUCUCAUGUCACUGUAGUCAUUCUGUUCUUUGUGCCUGUACUUUUCAUAUAUAUUAGACCAGCUGUCACUUAUCCAGAAGACAAAGUAUUUGCCCUUUUCUACACCAUCUUAGCGCCCAUGUUCAACCCUCUGAUCUACACUCUGAGAAAUGCGGAGAUGAAGAAUGCCCUGUGGAAAGUUUGGUGUCAAAAACUAUUUUUUGUUGGAAAGAGAAUUAAAUGA